AGUCAUUCCAGUUGCGCAUCCUGCUGGUGAAACAGCAGCAAACUGAAUCUUCGAUCUUCUUCUUUCGUACCUGACUACCAAGCACCACCGAGCCACCGAUGAUGAGACUGCGGCUUAGCGUUCUGCUCCUCCUGCUCCACCUUGGCUGUUUGACUGUGGCAUGGGCGAGCAGCAGGCACUUCUGUGGCGACACCUCCGGUAGUGACAUCUGCAAUGAUGGCCGCUGGGAUGGCCAUCAACGGCACGACGACUACGAUGAGCACUUGGUUUACAGACAAGGCGCGGCGGAGAUGGAGAGGAAAGUCCGCGUAGAGUCAGUGGCACGCGAUGAUCGUGGCAACGAAAGGCGCGAGGAAACCAGGGUUCGGUUGGACUCAUCCCUGCGACUGGAGGCUCGCGAAGCUCGUGAUGAGCGACGUGAAACUCGGGAGGAGCGCGAAGAGCGAGUACAUCCACGUGAAACGCGUGAGGUUCGAGUGGACCGACGUGCAGCUCGUGAGGAUCGAGUGGACCGACGUGCAGCUCGUGAAGAUCGAGUGGACCGACGUGAAUCUCCUGAAGAUCGAGUGGACCGACGUGAAUCUCCUGAAGAUCGAGUGGAGGGUCGUGAAGCUCGCGUCGAACGCGUUGAGCAACGCGAAGCCCGUGACAAUCAAGUCGAGCGCCGUCAAAUUCGUGAGAACCGAGAACAGCGACGUGAAACUCGAGAGGAACAAGUUGGGCAACGCGAGGUCCGUGAGGAGCGUGUUGAGCGACGUGAAGCUGACGUAGAGCAACGAGACACUCGUGAGGUUCGCGAUCUGGUGGAGCGACGUGAAGAGCGCGAAUCGAACAGGCGUGACUUGGGAGCUCGACGAGCAGCAGGGAUCGAACGACGACUCGAGCGCCGAGUGGAACGCGAGAUGUCCAGACGUGAGGAACGUGUUGAUCGCCGUGACGACGGAGCUAGUCUAGACAGGCAAUUGUCUCGACGAAUGGAACGUGAACAAGAAGAGCGAGACUCUGAUCGUCGAACCGAACGCGAUAUUCUUCGACGUGUUGAACGACGCGAAGAGCGAGAGAACCGAGUUCGAUUUGUUUUUGAUGACAACUCUCGACGAAGCGUAGACCGCAAGGAGGAGCGAGACAACGAACGCAGGGUACAGCGACGAGAAGAGCGAGACUCAGCUAGGCGUGAAAGGCAAGAGGAAGAUCUCAACAGGGUCAACCAUCGCCGAGAAGAGAAGGAAGUUCGCCGUGCAGAGCAGGAAUCCUCCCGUCGAAUCGACUUGCGAACAGUGCAGGUAGACCGUAUUCGUGAUGUGGAACGAAGGGUGGAAAGCAAUAUUAAUCGUAGAGAAGACCGUGAAGCUGAACGUAGGGAGGAACGUGUAGCAGAGCGUAGGAUGGAGCGUAUUGAAGGAGAAGUGCGAGAGCGGCGCGCUGAUUUAGGUAGAGUAGAACGAGAAGACUCCCGACGAGUUGAGCGAAGAGAAGUUCAACGGCGAGUAAGUGGCGAUGAUAUCCGAACUAAUGAGAGGCGUGAGGAGCGAGAUGACACACGUCGAGUGGAGCGCGAUGGACUGCGAAGAGAAGAGCGAGAUGUUGAACGAGAAGAGGAUCGUCGAGUGGAGCGCGAUGGCCUGCGAAGAGAAGAGCGAGAUGUUGAACGAGACGAGGAUCGUCGAGUGGAGCGUGAUGGUCUGCGAAGAGACGAGCGAGAUGUUGAACGAGACGUGGAUCGUCGAGUGGAGCGCGAUGGCCUGCGAAGAGAAGAGCGAGAUGUUGAACGAGACGUGGAUCGUCGAGUGGAGCGCGUUGAUAUCCGAGAUGAUCUUCGCAGGGAAAAUCAAGGGGAAGAUAUUCUCCGAGAAGUACAGCGCCGUGAGGGACGAGUAGACCGUGAACGUGUUGAACGCGACCUUUCCAGACGAGAGAUUCGUGAGCCCUUGGAAGAGCGUGUACUUCUUACCACCCAAACGAAAAACAAAGGCUGGUUGAGCUAUGGAAAACGAGAACUGCUGAUGACCGGGCAGAUCCUCCUCCUGGCCGCUCUCUACAAGAAGUCAACGAGCAGCGGCAAGGGAAUUGGCCAUGCCCUGAAUGAGCAGAUCCAGGGCUACUUGCAGGCCAUUGGUUGCUAGGAUGCACAAAGGAAAUCGAUGACCCUCCCAACUGAGUAAACGGAUAUGGAUCAAGGAGAAAAGCAUUACUACCCCCAGAAAAUGCAAACGGACCCGACAGCGCGCUACGAGCAGAGGGAUGGGAUGGGACACUCCGAUGGAGCAUUGUACAAUUUAAUCCAACUGUUACUGUAACCAAAAACCUUUCCCCUUUUCUGUUGUAGCCAACAAAAGCAUAACGAAAAUAUAUGAUGGGAUGCUCGAGUAGCCGAGCAUCUGCAAACUGCAUUGCAA